CAAACAUAUAUUGUAUCGUCUUGAACCGGACGUCGCUAAUGCCUCCUCUCUCCUGCUCGUCCGCGCUAUUCAAUAUCGAAUAUCCUCACCAUCUACUCCUAUUUGGCAUCAUCUCGUGCCGGCGUCAUGUUCCAGCCGUCCAUGCUGUCCACCUCCACUGCCUUUUUACAGGCUCCUACACCCGACCAUAAUAAUGAGCCCGAGCUACAGAUCGACGAGGACGCAACAUACGUUGACUCACUCGACGACACAGAGCAAGCGCUACUACAGACCGAGAAGGAAUCGCUCUCCACACGCCGCAGAGGCAUCACGCCCAGACUCCUCGCCGCUGCGAGAUAUAUACUCCAUGCUUCCUUCUCCGCCCUCGUCUCUUGCGCGAGCAUGCUCUUCGGAUACUACGGCGUCGGACGGUCCGGGCACGCGUUCAUUAUCACAGGCUGGACGGUAUUCCGCGCUUCUCUGGGUGGUCUCGUUCUCGGUUCUCUGGGUUGGCUCGUGAUCGCCCUCGCCCACCACUUGAAAGACCAUCUCGACGGACGACCGUCGGACGUGUCUAUUCCUAUGGCUGACGAUAGCGAUCAUCGAGGCUCAGCCAAGUGGUUCGCGCUCGCGGGUCCUCCAUCGUUCUUCGGGUACGCGCUGGGCACCGCGAUCCUGCGCAUCGUGCAUGCCUCGCAUCCUGACCUUUUCCCGUAUCCGGUGAUUGUUGGCAUAAUCGGUACUGUUCUCCUGUUAUUGUUUUGUAUGUUCGGCUUGAUCGCGUUCGCGAUCAUGACCUGGUUGAUCGUUUAAUGUAAUUGCCCA